CUCCGUACUUCAGAACACGCAGACCCGCGAUCGCUCUAUCACUGAGAUUUAUUCUCCCCUCCUGCUUCAUUUACAAGAACCGCUUUUAAGGGCCGUUUACGACUAAAGGCCGAGUUUAUGUCCAUCGAAAACCUUAAGACCUUCGACCCCUUCGCCGAAGCUGACGAAGACACCGGCGAGACUAAGCAGUCUCAAAACUACAUCCAUAUACGGAUUCAACAGCGCAAUGGUCGAAAGACCUUGACUACGGUCCAGGGUCUCCCUAAGAAGUUCGAUCAGAAGAAGAUCUUGAAGGUGAUCAAGAAGAAGUUUGCUUGCAAUGGCACCAUCGUCAAUGACACCGAGAUGGGUGAGGUGAUUCAGCUUCAAGGAGACCAGCGCAAGGAUGUUCAAGAGUUCUUGACCGACAAGAAGGAAGGUCUUGAGCUUGAUGCCAAGACCAUUAAGGUCCACGGUUUUUAAGCCAGAAGCCACGUCCCGUUCCGGUCCCUUCUUCCCAGUCCAAGUUAUCCCCCAGAUAGCAGCCGCGACGGGUCGUCUAUCGUUACCCACAUAUUCGUUGCAUUAGCCUAACUGCGAAGAUGAUGGUGUUGGACUUCCUUCGUUCGGCGUGCUGGACUUGGGCCCCGUGUCGAAGCGAUGCACUUGUCAACUCAUCCGUGAUAUCGUGAACGGGCGAUAUGGGAGAGUUAUUCGUAUCGAAGUACCUACCAAUAUAGAAGGGUUCUUGAGGGGGAUUUCGUGUCUUCGUAUUCUUAGUUCUACCAGGUAGCUAAUCAAGCAAGUCCUGUGUUUC